AUGGCUUUUUUGUGUUUGAUUGUUCCAUAUAAUGAUCUCAUUAAAAGAUUGGGUAGUGGAUAUAAUGGUGCCGGAAUCUUGAGUAUUACGUUGGAUUGGAAUGCAAUUAGUCAAUCAGGCCCUUUGUUUACUCCUUGGUGGGCACAAGUAAAUUGGUAUUUUGGAGUUGUUGUGGGAGCGUGGAUUAUUGCCCCAUUAUUAUAUUAUAAUAAUGUUUUAUAUAAUCAAUCAGCAAUUAUAGACCAAGUAACAGGCUCGUUGAAUGUGACCGCAUAUGAGAAUUAUAGUCCCGUUUAUUUAUCGGUGACAUUUGCAGCUUCUUAUUUCUACUCGUUUGCUGCUCUUACAGCUGCGAUAAGUCAUGUAUUUUUGUUUUAUGGAAAAGAAAUAUGGGCAAGAUUUAAAGCUAGUCAAAUUCCAAAUAGUUGGUAUGCUGCUCUCUUUUUUGCAAUGUUAAUAAUUGCCAUUGUACUUGGUUAUGUCACCGAAGCAAAUUUACCAUGGUGGGGUUUAUUAAUGGCAAUAGGCUUGGCGAUGAUUAUGGUAUUACCAAUUGCCAUUUCUAAUAAUCAAGUAGGACUUAAUGUAAUUACUGAGAUGAUAUGUGGCUAUGUUCUUCCUGGACGUCCAAUUGCCAAUGUUUAUUUCAAAUGUUAUGGAUAUAUGGCAAUGUAUCAAUGUUUGCUUUUGGUUUCAGAUUUAAAACUAGGACAUUAUAUGAAAAUACCACCUAGAUCGAUGUUUUUUGCUCAAUUGUGGGGUACAGUUGUUGGUGGAUUUAUUAACUUCUGGGUAUUGAAACUUAUCAUUUAUGCAAAACGACCUUUUCUUGAUGGAACGUUAAAAGAUCCAACUGGUCAGUGGACAGGUUACCAUUCACAAGUCUUUAAUACUGCGUCCAUUGUAUGGGGAUUAAUUGGGCCUGCAAGAACUUUUGGUUCUCAGUCAUUAUAUCACCCAUUAUUAUGGGGUUUUUUAAUUGGAUUCUUAGCCCCGGCACCAUUCUACCUAUUACAUAGAAAAUUUCCAAAAGUCAGAUUCGAUUUGGUGAACGUACCAUUGAUUUGUAGCGGACUACACCUAUUACCUGGAUGGUGGACAAAAUACAACUACGUGAUGUCGGCUUCAUUCGAUAGUGCUGCACAAAUUGUGACAAUGGUUAUAUUUUUUUGUUUGAAUGGUGUUAUUAAAGUACCAUUUCCUGAAUGGUGGGGUAAUGAUCAAGGUUCACAAGGUGAAAGGUGUUUUG